GAAAGAGGGCAAUCAUAUCAAAAAGUAGGCGAUACACGUAUAUUUGCACACAUCUUGUUUGGUUCGAAAGAUAUAGAAGCACGGGACAUCUCGAAUAUUUUAUCAGUCUUUAAAUGUUCUUCUGCUUCGUCGUCUCAUUUUCAUCGUCUCCUCAUUUUCUCAAUAAGUAAAUCUCAAUCUUGGAAAUUCUAAAAAUUUUUGGGAAACCUAAUUUCCUCUUUCAAUUAUUAGUUUUUUGCUUAUUACAUAAAAUAAAUUUCAUACGAAUUGUUACAACUUAUUCUUAAAAAAUGGCCGUCGUUGAAGCUCAAGGAAGCGGAUUAGUUUUUGGAACAACAGGUGGAAAGUGCAGAUUUAUGGUUUACCUUCAAGAUUUUAAGGAGGGUGAGAAGAUCGUCGAGGGACUUUCUGUCGCCAUUGACGGCCCUUCUGAACCGGAACUUGAGUUUGAACAUCAAGACAAUGGCGACAUCGAAGUGACCUGGAGACCUUUUGCUCCCGGACAGUACGUAGUUUCUCCCAAGUUCAAUGGGACUCCGAUUAAAGACAGCCCCUUCAAGGUCAAGAUCGUCGGGGAAGUUAACACCCACGGUCAGUACACACCACAAAAGAAGGCAGUUUACACUGGUUGGGCUGCACGAAGGAAGUCCCAGGCAACUCAAGGAUCUAUGGACUAGAUCCCCACAUCCGGACAAUGAAAAGACAAAAUUAAUGUGGAUACGGAUAUUAAAUAUGUUUAGAUAAAAAGGUCAACGGAAAAAACGUCACAUCGAAAUUGACAUCAAGAACCUUCAUCAUCUUAAUCGUAAUUAUGUGUUUGUUACUGAAUAUAGGAAAUAUAAGUCUCAUCCCACCAAUAAAAUAUGUAGAUUAAUCAAUUUGUGCAUGCAACAUAAUUGGGAAAA